GACUAAUCUCGCUCUGACGUCAUCAGCGUGCGCGCAAGCCGGGAAAGAAAGCUAAUUCGAAUUUGCGGCUAAAUAUAACUUGUAAGAUUGUGUUCAGGGCGUCAAAUUAAAUCGAAGAACAACACUAAUGCCUUCAGACCUCCUGAUGCACAUCACACUUCAUGUCCUAAUCACACAGUGGUUCUGAUCCCAGUAGAGAUGGCAGCUGCUACUAAAACCCCACCCGGAGCCGACCCUAAGCAGCUGGAGCGCACGGGGACGGUGCGAGAGAUCGGAUCUCAGGCCGUGUGGUCGCUGUCCUCCUGUAAACCCGGGUUCGGAGUCGACCAGCUGAGGGACGAUAACCUGGAGACGUACUGGCAGUCAGACGGCUCACAGCCUCAUCUCGUCAACAUCCAGUUCAGGAGGAAGACUACGGUGAAGAUGCUCUGCAUUUACGCCGAUUAUAAAUCUGAUGAGAGCUACACUCCCAGCAAGAUCUCGGUCCGGGUCGGGAACAACUUCCACAACCUGCUGGAGAUCCGGCAGUUGGAGAUGGUGGAACCGAGCGGUUGGAUCCACAUCCCCCUCCUGGACCUGGUAAACAACCCCAUCAGGACUUUUAUGAUCCAGAUCGCCGUGCUGGCAAACCACCAGAACGGCCGCGACACACACAUGCGCCAGAUCAAAGUGUACACACCUGUGGAGGAGAGCUCCAUCGGAAAAUUCCCACGAUGCACCACCGUCGACUUCAUGAUGUAUCGAACCAUCAGGUGACCGCGUCCUGCGCCGGCGUCCGACCACCAGCUGAUUACAGACGUCAUCUCAUCUCUCUGACUGUUCUGUUAACCGAGAUUUGAAAUAGAAUAACAAUUAAACUUAAACUUUUGUGUUCAACUGAAUGUCUUUAUGGAUGUAAAAUGAGUUUGAUGUACAGAUAAUAAAGUUGUUGUUCUUUUUUUGCUUUUUUUUUAA